GGAGAAAAUGCGGCCCACAAACUGACUAGUUAACUAGUUACUCCGUACUUACAUAUGAAGUAUUGAACCACAGAGCAGUUACCUGGGUUAAUGAUUUCACCGCCAAUUGCACGCCAGAAAGAAUGCCAUCAACAGCUCUCUUUGCCGAUCGGCCUCCUUUUCCAUCAUGAUCAAGGCCAUCUUCUACAGCAAGUUUGACACGCAAUCAGGCCGCAAAGUUGUCCAUCAGGUCCCCGAUGGCGCUAUAGUCCCUUCCUCCACCGCUCCGCCCGGAAGCACCCCGCUCUUCAACUUCUCCGAUAUAUCCUUUUUUGUGAUCCCAAGACAGGAGCUCUGCGGAAACCUCAUCCAGGUUUGCACCAAUGGUCACCGCGUCCUCGGGUUUCCCGUGUGCAUCAAAUCGCCCAGCUACGAUCGCAAUGAGUUUAUCUUCAAUUUCUGCGUCGUGCUCGCGGAGGAGGACGAAUGGGGAAGCUUCAAGAGCGUCGUGCAGAAGUUGGCGGAUUUGAUGUGCGAGCUGGAGGAGCAGUCGGGCUUCUUGUCAAAAGAUCCCUCACCGGGUGGAGAAGGCAAGGUACACAGUUUGUGCGAGACAUUGAUGGAGGACCUGAAUAAUUACUGCGAGUGCAUGAUCCCAAUCGAUGAUUUGAAUACCCUGAACGUCAAGCUAUUUCCACUUUAUCCUUCGCCGCCUCCAGUGAAAGCAUGGCAGGUACCGCUGUUCACUGUUCGAUAUGAAGCAUUCAUGGACGAAAAUUGGGAUAUCACUGUACAACGGAUCGUCCCGUACAUCAACGGAGUUAAUAGCAUCCGAGCAAUUGCCGUACUGGCAGACGCCAAUUUCUCGUUAACAUGCCGCGCGAUCCGUCAUCUUGUCUACUACGGAUGUGUUUUUCUUCUCGAUAUCUUUUCUUUCUCCGCCAUAUACGCUCCAACGGCGCAGUUCGGCUUCACCAUCGCUUCCGAUGAGGAGAUGCAGCGCGAAUGCGCUCGUUACGUCAACACUCGCUUCUCCCCAACUUUAGCUCCUGCAAAAACUGCCGGAUCGCGGCAAACAGGGUCAAGAGGUCGAAACGACGCAUCCCGGCGUGAGAGACAAGCCUGGGCAGAUCAAGAUAAUAUCUGGCCACAGAUGGGCAAAGAUGCCAGAGCUACCGGUCCCGGACACACAGGCAAGCAGUCUCGGAUAGUAGACGGCGUCGGGAUCGUCGAACUAUAUGCGAGCUUAAAACAAGGCCAAAGCGUCAAGCAGUGGUACCUGGAGCACACGCGCGAACUUGCCAACAUCGAUGUUCGACGCUUUAUCACUUUCGGAGUUAUAAAGGGAUUCCUGUACCGCGUCCACAAAUAUCCAUAUGCGACGGGCCAGCCCGCGCAGACAACGACAGUGACGACCACGCUCGCCAACGGCACGCAGCAGAUAUCGUUCCUCUCCAGCUCACCGUCGUUCACGCGUAGUCGCAUGGGCUCCACCGCCAGCGGCAUCGAGUCGAUGAGCUCAUUUACCUCCCGACGUCGGAAGAGCGGACACUUGAUCGGACCUACCGAACUGCACUCCCACGCCGAGGAUCAUUCGGGGGAUGAGAAUGACAAUAAUGAGGAUGAGAACGGAGAGGGAGAAGGAGGAGUGGAAGAAGAUGGUAUUGAUGAUAAGACGCUAACGAAGUUCCUAGACGGGAUGCAUUGCUUCGAUGAGAUUUGCACGGAGCUGGAAAUCAGCGAGAAGGAGCUUACUUCAAGGUUGAAGCGAUAUCCGGGAGAAGUGUUGAUCAUUCAUCGAUGAAGUAUCCAGGUUACGGAUCGAUGGUGGGAAGUUCGGGAGUCAUUGGCUACCUUAUAUCUGAUGGUAUGAUAUCCCUCAAUGGACAUCUUUUCCGGGAGCAUGUUGCUUUGGUUAUAGCGGGAGGACGGCAAAUUAUUGCAAAGGUCGAAUAUCGAGAAUUCACGAUGAGAUUCAAGAAAAAGUGCCAUUAAUGUAAAAAAAAAAAAAGGGAUGCCCCCUCUCGCCCAUAACUCCGUACCUUAAUCCAUUCCCUGGACGCCCGCUCUACCUCCCUUAUUACUCACUUCAUAUCCCAGACACUAUAGCCACCCAGUCCCUGGAACCAACCAAAACAUAGAAAGGCGCUCCCAUAAAAAUAAGUUAAGGGAGAAAAGUGAAAUAAUUUCCGCGCCAGGCACGUAAUCGUUCAAAAUCGAACCAUUUUACUCUUGCUCCUCGUCCCAUCCUUCAAGCUCUGCUUUCUCAAAUUCCGCCAUAACCACCGGAUCCCAAAUCGACCCGUCUUUUCCAGGAACAGUAGUCUUACAAUCCUUAAAUACCGGUCCAAUGCAGUCUGCCCACCGCUUCCGUCUAUCCAUAAGCGUACGGGCCAAAUCGCCUAUUCCGGGCCUCCCAACUCCAAGCGCAUUUACGGGAUGGCUUCCUCCACCCGCUCCGCCAGGACGAUGCUUAGCCUGCGAUCCCUUUUUACUUUUACCGAGGGUACGUGUACGCUUUAGAUACGCUUGCUGCACCUGUGAGUCGAGAUCGUCAUGAAUGGUAGUGUAUUCCUGAUAGGCUAGGCGUUCGCGAGCUAUUUCGAGCAGGCGGGUCUUUCUUGCCCCAUUGAUGAUCAUUUGCUUUUUGAGUUCGCUCUGAAGGAAUCGGAGACGCUCAGCAACAUCAUCAUCGUAAUGAGCGUCAUAGUCUGGGUUCUCCUCUGGACCGAUAAAGCCGAUAUAACGGAGUUCGGCUUUCAGACGCUCGUCAAGCUGUGAAUGGUCGAGCUUGGCCGCAGGUACUUUGAAUCCGUUCGGGGAUGCGUCCGGAAAGGCUGUCGCCGAGUUUAGAGGCUUUGAUUCGGGUUCUCCGGUCACCUGAUCAACUUCCAUCGCCGUAUCGCCAUUAAAAUUCGCGUGCGACGCCGAUUCUUCGUGGCUAGUUGACUGAGCGGCAGCAGUCUCUUCAGGAAGAGUUCGAUGCUCAAAACGGAGAAGCGAGUAGAGACGGCUAAGCAACGGCGGAGCGGAGACUUGGUCUGUCUCCGCAGUAUCAUCGGAAAUCUGUUCGACAUUGCCUCGACCUUGAUUUAAAGGCAACUUUUCUCGCUCCUGUUGGGAAGAGUCGAUAUUGAUCGAGCCAUCUUCUUCAGCCCAGAUAUCGCUAUAGUGCUUCUUGCCACGGCGAGGAAUGAGGAAAGGAGUAACGCGAUCACC